AUGUUUUGGCACAUAUUUUUACUCGUUUCCGGUGUAAAGCUGCUGUUUAUUCCCGCCUACCGUUCCACAGACUUCGAAGUGCACCGCAAUUGGUUGGCCAUAACGCACAGUUUGCCCCCGUCCCGAUGGUAUUACGAAAAAACGAGCGAAUGGACAUUGGAUUAUCCACCAUUCUUUGCCUACUUCGAGUGGUUCCUCUCGCAGGUGGCCAAAUCGUUCGAUCCGCGUAUGCUAGACGUGAAGAAUCUCAACUAUGCAUCGGAGCAGACCAUUGUUUUUCAACGCUUUUCGGUCAUCGUGACCGACGUCAUCUACGCACUGGGUGUUCGUCGUUGUUUGCGUGCGCUGACAGCAGGUAGUGGAAAUCCGUCCCGUUCCAUUCUUAUCGGCGGUGCGCUCCUGCUCGGCAAUGCCGGCCUCCUCAUGGUGGACCACAUCCACUUCCAGUACAAUGGAUUCCUGUUUGGAGUGCUGCUACUUAGCAUCGGGGCACUCAUGGAAAACCGCCCAUUACAGGCAGCGCUAUUGUUUGCGGCGCUGCUCAACUUAAAACAUAUCUUCAUCUACGUGGCCCCCGUUUAUAUGGUUUAUUUGCUGCGGUUUUAUUGCUUGCGCGAUUUCACCAUCGGCCAAGCGCUGGUUAAGUUAAUCAAGCUCGGUACCGUCGUGCUGGGCGUCUGUUUACUAUCGUUCGGUCCAUUCUACGAACACAUUCCACAGGUUCUUUCCCGACUGUUCCCCUUCAAGCGUGGCCUGACGCAUGCCUACUGGGCACCUAAUUUUUGGGCACUGUACAAUACGGCCGAUAAGGCACUAGCCGUAACACUCGGUAGAGUGGCCAAAGCUUCCAGCACUGGCGGUCUGGUACAAACAUUCGAACACACCGUUCUGCCAUCAAUAUCUCCCGCUGUAACAUUUGCACUGACAGGUUUGUUUAUGAUUCCGGUGCUUCUUAAGCUAUGGUCACUGAAAUCAUCCCCACCGUCAACUGUCUCUCUCGCCCGUUCUUUUGUGCGGGCAAUCGUGCUGUGUGGUUGCACUUCUUUCCUUUUCGGUUGGCAUGUACACGAGAAAGCCAUCCUGAUGGUGCUGAUUCCGCUGACGUUACUUGCGAUUAACAACGCCAAUGAUGCCCGUUGGACCAUUUUUCUCGGUGUUGUAGCACAUUAUUCAUUGUUUCCGCUGCUGUUUAAACCGGAACUCACACUGGUGAAGAUUAGUUUGCAUGUGGUUUACACCGCCCUAAGUGUUCUAUUGCUUAAGCUACUUCAUCGUGGCACAUUUUUCCGAACGGUGGAGUUCCUUUAUUUGGCAGGAUUUCCUGUCCUGUGUACAUACGAAAACGUCGUACACGAAGCGAUAGGACUGCGGGAUCGAUUGCCCUUUUUACCGCUUCUACUAACGAGUGUGUACUGUGCCGUUGGAGUGUUGUACUUUUGGGUGUCUUACCAAGUGUCCUUCCUAGGCACGAAUGGUGGCGAAAUGGUUACAGAAAGGAAAAAGACUAAGUAA